AAAGGAAGAGGAACAGACCACAAGAAGAAGAAGAGGGAGACACAACGUAAACAAACCCUUUCUUGUUUUUUACCUGAACGCUUUGUUUCGCUUCUUGGGUCCUCUUCCUCUCGGUCCUCUCUUAUCAUUAUUCACACACUUUCCUUUUCAAUCGUACCCACCGCACAUCCCUCGCUGGGGACUGAAGAAGAAGAGUGAAGCUCAGCGCUGCAAUGGCCCCCUAAAACACUGAAGAAGGAUCCAUUUCUCUGUACAAGCUGGUCCAUAUAACAAGCAAAGGAAGACACACUGCAGCAGUGGGUCAUCAUGUGACAGUAACAAAAGGAUUUCUGAUGAAGCUUUCCAUACUCAUACUUUCUACAACCUGAGUCAAGGCCAGGCAGUUGUCUGAACCAGAAAGAUGGGUCUGCGAGAGGACAGGGUGGGGAGCUUGGAGGAAGAGGCUAAGAGGCGGAAGGAAAAGCUGCAGGCACUGAAGAGGAGGUGCCGGGGUGAGGAGGGGCAGAAGGAGCAAGAUGGAGAGGCUGAGGAGGGAGCCAGCCGUGACGGGGAGGAUCUGCCAGCACCACAAGUACUGUUCAGAAACUACAAGCCCCAGAGUGAGGAGCUGGAGCCUGCAACACUGCCCUUGGAGGCUCCAGCAGAUGUGGAGAUGCUCGUGAAGACACAGCUGGAGGAUGGAGAGAAGGCCAAGGAGGAAGUGCAGGUUGAGAUCACCAACUUGGCGCCAAAGAAGAUCACCUUUGACCUCAAGCGAUGCAUCCAACCGCAGCUGGACAAGCUGGAGCGCCGCACCGACAAGGCCAUCGCUGAACUGAUCCGACAGCGGCUGAAGGAAGGAAAGCAGCAGGAUUUCCUGAUCGCUGUCAAUGCGGGUGCCCAUGCCCAGCAGAAGUCCAGUUUUGACUCAGAUGAAGACUAACUUGGUGGUGCUUAUGCAUAGUAUUAUAUUGUAUAUUGCAUAACUGGCACCACUAUAAAAAAUUUGCCUUCUAUUAUUAUUAUUAUCAUCAUUGUUAGACAAAAACAAACAUAUAAUGACCUUUGGGUAAAAUAAUAAUGGAGAGAGAGAGAGAGAGAGAGAGAGAGAGAGAGAGAGAGAGAGAGAGAGAGAGAGAGAGAGAAAACUGAUUGAAAUAUCUCCAUUCCCCCCACCUCUCUCUCUCUCUCUCUCUCUCUCUCUCUCUCUGUGUGUGUCUCUGUUUCUGUCUCCCCCACCCCACUCUCUCUCUCUCUCUCUCUCUCUCUCUCUCUCUCUCUCUCUCUCUCUCUCUCUCUCUCUCUCUCUCU